AAUGAGACAGUGGUGGGGCUCUACCAGAAAUCAGCCCUGAAGCUCUUGGCCAACCUCUUCGCCAACUAUGCUGGAGCUGAUGCACCCGUGGAGAAGGGGAAAGGAGCCAAGAAGAAAGGUUCCUCCUUUCAGACUGUCUCUGCACUGCAUCGGGAGAACCUCAACAAGUUGAUGACCAACCUGCGGUCUACCCACCCUCAUUUUGUCCGCUGCAUCAUCCCCAAUGAGACCAAGUCUCCUGGUGUGAUGAACAACCCCCUGGUAAUGCACCAGCUCCGCUGUAACGGGGUGCUGGAGGGCAUCCGCAUCUGCCGCAAGGGCUUCCCGAACCGCAUCCUUUAUGGGGACUUCCGCCAGCGGUAUCGCAUCCUGAACCCCGCUGCCAUCCCUGAGGGGCAGUUCAUUGACAGCCGCAAGGGUGCUGAGAAGCUCCUGGGAUCCCUUGAUAUCGACCACAACCAAUACAAGUUUGGGCACACCAAGGUCUUCUUCAAGGCGGGGCUGCUGGGGCUACUUGAGGAAAUGCGGGAUGAGCGCUUGGCCAGAAUCAUGACCCGCUUGCAGGCCCAAGUUCGUGGUUUCCUCUCCCGUCAGGAGUUCAAGAAGAUCCUGGAGCGGAGGGACUCGCUGCUGGUGAUCCAGUGGAACAUCAGGGCUUUCAUGGGGGUGAAAAACUGGCCUUGGAUGAAGCUCUACUUCAAGAUCAAGCCCUUGUUGAAGAGUGCUGAGACUGAGAAGGAGAUGCAGAACAUGAAGGAAGAGUUUGGGCGGCUGAAGGAGGCCCUGGAGAAGUCAGAGGCCCGGAGGAAGGAGCUGGAGGAAAAGAUGGUCUCCAUGCUGCAGGAGAAGAAUGACCUUCAGCUCCAAGUGCAGGCUGAGCAAGACAACCUCGCUGAUGCUGAGGAGCGUUGUGACCAGCUAAUCAAGAACAAGAUCCAGUUGGAGGCCAAGGUGAAGGAGAUGACAGAGAGGAUGGAGGAUGAGGAAGAGAUGAAUGCUGAGCUGACGGCUAAGAAGAGGAAGCUGGAGGAUGAGUGCUCAGAGCUGAAGAAGGACAUUGAUGACCUGGAGUUGUCUUUGGCCAAGGUGGAGAAGGAGAAACACGCCACAGAGAACAAGGUCAAGAACCUUACAGAGGAGAUGGCCGGGCUGGAUGAGAUUAUUGUCAAGCUAACAAAGGAGAAGAAGGCUCUGCAAGAAUCUCAUCAGCAAGCGCUGGAUGAUCUGCAGGCGGAGGAAGACAAGGUCAACACCCUGACGAAGGCCAAAGUCAAGCUGGAACAGCAAGUGGAUGAUCUGGAGAGCUCACUGGAGCAGGAGAAGAAGAUCAGGAUGGACCUGGAACGCGCCAAAAGGAAGCUGGAAGGUGACUUGAAGCUGGCUCAGGAGAAUAUUAUGGACCUGGAGAAUGACAAGCAGCAAUUGGAUGAGAGGCUGAAAAAGAAGGACUUUGAGCUCAACGCACUCAAUGCAAGAAUUGAGGAUGAGCAAGCAAUUGCAGCUCAGCUCCAGAAGAAGCUCAAAGAGCUUCAGGCACGGAUUGAGGAGCUGGAGGAGGAGCUGGAGGCAGAACGAACGGGCAGGGCCAAGGUGGAGAAGCUGCGCUCAGACCUGUCACGGGAGUUGGAGGAGAUCAGUGAGCGUCUGGAGGAGGCGGGUGGUGCCACGUCAGUGCAGAUUGAGCUCAACAAGAAGCGGGAGGCAGAAUUCCAGAAGAUGCGGAGGGACCUGGAGGAGGCCACACUACAGCAUGAGGCCACGGCUGCUGCGCUGCGCAAGAAGCACGCUGACAGCGUGGCCGAGCUCAGUGAGCAGAUUGACAACCUACAGCGUGUCAAGCAGAAGUUGGAGAAGGAGAAGAGUGAGCUCAAGCUGGAGUUAGAUGAUGUUGGCUCCAACAUGGAACAGCUGAUCAAGGCCAAGGCCAACCUGGAGAAGAUGUGCCGUACCAUGGAAGAUCAGAUGAAUGAGCACCGGACC